AUGGCUCCCAAAAUUUUCAGCCUAUUCAAGCGCAAAAAGGAAAGACCCCGACCACCGGGUAUAACUUCCUCAGAUGCAAUAGGAAUUUCAGAUUCUACCUGUGAGGUCAAUGGCGACAUAUUCAAUCGAUGGAAGCUGCCGAUUCCACCCCCAGAACAACGCCUACUCAAGUUUGAUGCAAAGCCCCACUCCCAAAGCCAGAGCUUAUGUUUUUGUAUGCCAGCUGAUAUAAGAGGGCUGAUAUAUAUUGAGCUCAUGGGUAGUCAGAGAGUGCACAUUGUAUAUUCCUGGAGGCCGCCAUUUCAGCCGCCGCCAAAGCCGAAGCCGAGGAGUGGUGACUGGCACUGGGGUUGGUGGCACUGUCACAGUGUCUGUGAGAAAUUAGAGCUAUUCCCUGACUUAUGCUAUAUUGGUUUUAUGAUGGGUGAUAUGAAUCCAAGAUUCGAAGGGAGAAUUGGCAAUGUGGAGUGGUUAAGACUUUGGUCGCCACGCCAUACAUCUGCUAUCAUCGCCAUGGACAUCUCGUUUCCCAUCUACCCUCAUACUUCGAAAUCCCCAGUGAAUUGGAUAGCAACAUAUUUAGCGUUUUUCGAUGUACUUGAUCAAAGUUUUCUGGUGUGCACCGUCUAG